GGUAUUUAUAGUAUUUAGUGAUUAGAUCUUUCAAUCUAUCUCAACAAAAAAAGACAAAAGUAAACCUAUUAUCUGAAAAAUGCUUCGAAAUAUAAUUCGGUUUCUGGGGCUUUCGCUCAUCCUUUCGAUAUUUGUUGUAACGAGCAUUAACAGUUUCUUAUAUCCUUACCCCGCUGGUGCAGUUCUGGCAAAAAGCAACCUUCCAUUUAUCCUUUCCUGGUUUGAUAUUUCUUUAACUGGGUCCCAGUACGUUCACUUGGCGCAAGCUAAUGGCGCCGUAAUUUUCGCCCUAUCACUCUUUAUCAUUCUGGGUGUGGGUCGGAGUUUUUUCUCCUUUAUGCUUGCAUUGCAUACCAUUCUUAUGGCAACGCUAUAUCACGUUGAUAUGAGAGACCCAAUCGCGACUUCAGAAGGAGAUCGAAUCCAGAUCACGCGAUAUUUAUCACACGCUGGAGCGCUUUUAUUUGUUUCUGCUAGCAGGCAAGGAUACAAAUACGUCGCACGUUACCGCACUUCACCGGUGGAAAGAUCAAAAAAGGAAAAUUAGUUUUCCAGAAUUUCUGUGUGUCAUCAAUGUAGAUAGCUGAAGACUUUAGAUACACCAAAUAUCAGAUCAAAUGAAUAUAACAUUUUUCUGUCGUUUGUUAAGCAAUGGUUUGGCCUAGCAUUAGGCAGUCUCAUCGGAUGCCGCUUGUGCGUGCAAGUGUAUAUGAAUUAAGUCAUCCUAAAAGGUUUCCUUUCAGACUUAAUUAUAAAGUUUUUUCAUGCGUAGAUAUCUUUUUAUGCUCUUGAUGUAAUAACUAAGUCCUUAAA